AUGGACCCUUGGGAGGUCAAGAGGACGAUGCGCAAGGUCGAUUGGAGGCUCGUGCCCAUCCUCGCAGCCCUGUACUCCAUCUCCCUCAUCGACCGUACCAACAUCUCCUUGGCUCGCGCAGCAGGCAUGGGAAGGACCCUCAACCUGAACAUUCCUGGAACAAACUACUAUUCCAUCGCCGUCCUCAUCUUCUUUGUUCCUUACAUCCUCUUUGAGCUCCCUUCCAACCUCGGAAUGAGGCGAUGGGGCGCUGCCAAGUGGCUCGGCGGCGCCACCAUCCUCUGGGGUAUUGUCAUGCUCGCCAUGGGCUUCGUAGAGACCUGGCAACAACUCGCCGCAUGCCGUGCUCUGCUCGGUAUUUUCGAAGCUGCAUUGUUCCCUGGUGCCGUUUACUUGCUCUCUUCAUGGUACCCAAGAGCCGAAGUGCAACGAAGAAUGUCCAUCUUCUACUCCCUUUCCAUCCUCGCUUCCGGCCUCUCCGCUAUCCUCGCUUACGGUCUUGGUUUGAUUCGCAUGUACAAGAACCAGGGAUGGAGGAGCAUCUUUAUCAUCGAAGGCAUCAUCACCGUUGUCCUCGGAGUCAUCGGCGCGCUGACCAUCGUCGACUUCCCUGGACCCAAGGCCAAGUUCUUGAACGAAGAGCAACGCGCGAUCGUCAAGACGCGCAUUGAGCGAGACCGUGCCGACUUCGUCCAGGACAGCAUGACCUUCUCAAAGCUGAUGCGCUUCUCCCUCGAUCUUAAGAUCUGGGCCACUGCUGUUCAAUUCUUUGGCGCGACCCUUGCGAGCUACUCUCUCAGCUACUUCUUGCCCAGAAUCUUGGCCGGCAUGGGUUUCGACGUCGCUCUCAGCCAGCUCCUCGUCGCUCCCCCUUACGUCUGGGCGCUGGUUCCCGUCAUCGGAUCCGCCUUCAUCUCGGACCGCUUCCAAGUCAGGACACCCCUGAUCGCCUUCAACGCCAUCUGCACCAUCAUUGGCACCAGCGUCUACUCGUACGCGACCGGCACUGGACCUAGGUACUUUGGCGUCUGCCUUGCCGUCGGUGGCUGCAACAGCGUCGUUCCCCUCGUCAUUGGCUACUCUCAAAUCAACAUUCGAGGAUCGGCCAAGCGUGCCUUCACCAGCGCCAUCGUCGUCGCAUUUGGCGGUAUCGGUGGUAUUGCUGCAGGCGUAUCGUUCACCGAGAGAGCCGCUCCUCACUACACCGAGGGUAUCCACCUGACCCUCGCCAUGAACGCCAUCACUGUCGGAAUCUGCGUCCUUCAGCACAUCGUCUUCAGAGUGCAGAACAAGCGCGCCAACGACGGAAAGGCCGUUCUCGAAGGCCACCAAGACUUUAGAUACCAGCUCUAA